UGCUUUUUGGUUCCAACGUUUUCGUUCUGGAAAUUUCGCCCUGCAGAACAAGCCCCGUGGACGGCCGGAGACCCAAGUUAAUAAUGAAGAAAUGAAGGCUAUUAUGGAAGUGGAUCCAUCGCAAACCACGUCCGAGUUAGUUGCUGGCAGUGGUAUUAUUGAUAAAACUGUUUUAAUCCACAUGAAGCAAAUUGGAAAGAUUAAAAAGCUUGAAAGUGAUGCAACCCGGCAAACGCGCUUCGACUGCUGCGUUACAUUACUUAACCGGCACAAUAAUUAAGGGUUUUUAAAUCGACUAAU